UCCAGGUUUAGAUAUCACGCCAGACACUUCUCAUAUCUCCAACAACCUUCAGUCCGCUCUCUCUGAGCCAGACACUGUAGAUGCACUAAUAGCGAAGGAAGUUCAAGAAGGAUUUAUGAUUGGUCCAUUCAAAGAACCUCCUUUCUCUCCUUUUAGAAUCAGUCCUAUAGGAAUCGCUACCAGGAAAUAUUCUGGGAAAAAGAGAUUAAUCAUUGACCUUUCUUCCCCUCAUGGCUCAUUUAUUCCUAGCAUUAAUAGCAUCAUCCCUGCCCCUGAUUUCUCUAUGAAAUAUGCUACCAUCGAUCAAGCUAUCACUCUCAUCCGCCAGGCAGGCCACAGCUCGUGGCUCUCAAAAGCUGAUAUCACCAAUGCCUUUAAAGUCAUGCCCAUUAAUCCAGAAUUCUGGCGUUUCUUUGGUGUAUCCUGGAAAGGAGCGUAUUAUUUCGCUGUACGCCUGACCUUCGGCUGCAAAAGCAGCCCUAAGAUUUUCGACACUCUCGCUGAGGCCUUAUGUUGGAUCCUUAUCAACAACCACAAGCUUCCCUAUGUCCUUCACUAUCUCGAUGACUUUCUCAUCAUUACACCUCCAUCCUCACCUGCACACUCAGGUCUGUCUACUCUCAUCAAAGUCUUUUCGGAGCUGGGCGUUCCCCUUUCAAAAGAGAAAACAAUUGGGCUAUGCACUUCCAUCGAGUUUUUAGGCAUCACCCUAGACUCCAUGUCCUUCCAAGCAUCGCUGCCUCCAGAGAAAGUACAACGUAUUUCUCUUCUGCUAUCAAAUUACCUUCUAGUAGAUAGGUGCACAAAGCAGCAGCUUUUGGUCCUCCUCGGUCACCUCAACUACGCCAUUAGAAUAAUUUCCCAAGGGAAGUCUUUUCUAUCCUUCCUUCUAUCAAAAACAGCUUCAAUUCCUUCCCUCCAUGACAAAGUCAAUCUGGACGAAGGCUGUAAGAUGGAGAUACACCUCUGGCAGAAAUUCUUGUCUUCUUGGAACGGUAUAUCCUUCUUCUAUAACGACUACAUUACUCAGCCUGAAGACAUCCAGUUGUAUACCGAUGCAGCACCUUCCACCGGAUUUGGGGGGUACUAUGGCGGUCGUUGGUUCGCUUCCGAAUGGCCUCCCGAGUUUAGCCAUCUCGUUCAGCAAUCAGUCUCGCCCUCAUCCACUCUUCAUGAAAUUUAUCCAGUCAUUAUUGCAGCCAUCCUUUGGGGGCAUGAAUGGUCUAAACACACUAUACUUAUCCACUCUGACAACUCCGCAGUAGUUGAAAUCAUUAAUAAAAGCAGAUCUCGUUCCCCAGCCAUCAUGCAAUUCGUCCGCAGACUGACUCUAAUAUCUGCUCAACACCAGUUUGUAAUACGAGCAGCCCACAUUCCGGGCUACCGCAAAAACAUAGCUGAUUCUUUGUCUCGUCUUUCUUUUCAGAAGUUCAGAAUCUUGGCUCCAGAGUCAGACAUCCGUCCCACGCCAGUCCCACCGUUUUCAGCUACAAUCUUCAAUUAAAUCCCCGCCUGGAAGAUCUUUCACGUGCUUCGCGAGAAGCUAUCCUAAACAGUCUCGCCCUUAGGACCCUCUCCACCUACCUAACUGGAUGGAAGUGCUUUAAGGCUUACCACUCGUACUACCAACUUCCUUUUCCUCUAAUAGACGCUUGGUCAAUCUGCAACUUUGUCUCGCACGCUCAUCUAAAUCAAAAAAUCAGAACCUCCACCAUCAAGUCUUACUUAUCAGGAAUCAACUUCAUCCACAAGCUGGCGACCGGCAAGCAGUGCCACUCAGUUUCCCAUUCCCACGUUUCCAUGCUAAUUAAAGGGCUACAGUAACAAGAAUCAGCUCCCAAAACUAAUCGCUUGCCACUAACCGCAGAUCUUCUGAGCCAAUGUAUCCUCACAUUGCGCUCCAGCUACUCGAGUCCUUCAAUAGACCGAACAUUAGAGUGCAUGUUUCUUCUCGGAUUCUUUGGUUUCUUGAGGUGCUCAGAAAUGGCCCCCUCGACUUCUGCUUUCGAUCCAGUCAUUCAUCCCAGCCUCUCCGACAUCUCAGCUCACACUCCAGAGUCUCUCAUAUUCACUCUGAAGAAAAGCAAAACCGACCAAUUAGGAGAGUCAUUUCCCAUCUACAUAUUUCGCUUCAACUCCUUCAUCAGCCCUUUUGAGCCACUAUCGGAGUAUGUUGCUUCCAGAUAUGCCGAUAAUUCAUCUCCUCAAGAACCCCUCUUCCUUAACGAAAAGGGGAAAAUGGCCACAAGAUCUUGGUUUAACAAGCACUUUCAAAAGGUUCUCAGCGCCUCAGGCAUGUCUCCCGAACACUACUCAAUACACUCCUUUCGGAUCGGAGCAGCCACAACGGCCGCCAGCGCAAGCAUCUCGGACAAAACCAUAAGAAUCAUGGGCCGCUGGUCAUUGGAAGCAUAUCGUCUUUACAUCCGCAACAGUCUCAACGAUCUCUAUCAAGCCCAAGCCCACAUCAGUUCAUUCAAACCUUUGGGGGUCUUCUAGUAACCUACCGCAUUAUCUACAGAGACGAAGCCCCCACUCUGAGUCUCCCUAUCAAGGCACCCUGGUCAGCCAGUUCAGAAGGAUCAUAACUCCCUUUCUCACCCUAUUUUUCCUAUCCCAGACUUGAUCCUAAUAAAGUUUUAUCUGCAUAGUUGUGGUGUGGCCUGUUGUUAGUGAAAUGGAGUUAAUGAAGUUAACUAAAGUUCGGGAACAAGGCCACGCCUCAACCAAUCAUCUCGUUCCCCGUCAGCUAUUUAUGCUAGACCAACCUUCUCUGAUCUGUUGACUCAGUUUCUCGUUCCCCACCCACCCUUCCCCUUCUAACACAUCCAUUCAUCCCUCUUCA